ACUGCUUACAACAAAAAUGUCUGAAACCUUACUUCAUAAGGAUGAGGCUCCUCCCAGAGAGCAAUAUUCUAGAGGUGACGUCUGCAGCAUUGUGAAGCUGAACAGGUUGCAGGUGAGGCGGAAGCUUUCCCGGGGUGGUGAAAAUAAACCACCCCACGAUGUCCCCCGUGGUCACUUGGCCAUGGUAGUAGGGAAAUCGAGGAGACGGUUUGUUGUGAGGACGGAUUUACUGAACCACCCAGUUUUACGGCAGCUGCUAGACCAAGCAUAUGAAGAGUAUGGUCAUGCUAACCCUGGUCCUUUAUCUUUACCUUGUGAUGAGUCUCUCUUUGAAGAUAUAGUACACUCUCUUAGAGGUGGUACAAGAACCAACCAAUUCUCUUGCCCCUCAUGGCUUUUGAGAAAUGAUCAUCAUGCUUGAUUUGAUUAUUGCAGCCGUCCUAGAAGAAGAAGCAGCAACAGUAGCUAUUUGUAUUACAUUUACUUGUCACAAUCCCAACCAGGAUAUUAGUAAAUCCAAAUAGCUUUGUUCUUCUUACUCAAAAGAGUAAUUGUCAAGCAGCAAUAGAACCAGGAUGCAUGAAAUGUGUUCCAGACUUGUAUCAAUAAGUUGAAUCAAUUCAUGGAUUCUAGAAAUCAAGGUGGGUAA